UUGCGCUUCAUCAUGCGUCCCUAUUCGUUAUUAGCUUCGGCCGCUGCUAUAAUUGGUCUCACAGUUGCUGCUCCUCUCAAGGACAAACGUUCUACUACCGUGAAGGAUGGCGUCACAUAUGAAGUCUUUGAACACGCGGCCACAGGUGCCAAGUUGGAGUUCGUGAAGAACUCGGGCAUCUGCGAAAAGAGCGCUGGAGUCAAUCAAUACUCCGGCUACCUCUCAGUUGGCUCGAAUAUGAAUAUGUGGUUCUGGUUCUUCGAGGCACGGAACAACCCCACCACAGCACCACUUGCAGCGUGGUUCAACGGGGGGCCGGGAUGUUCUAGCAUGAUUGGCCUCUUCCAAGAGAAUGGACCUUGCAAGUUCGAAAACGGUGCGAGCACGCCGACGAACAACACGAACAGCUUUAACAAUUACGCAAACAUGAUUUACAUUGAUCAGCCCAUCGGCGUUGGCUUCUCCUACGGAACUGACUCGGUGACGUCCACUGUCUCUGCUGCUCCUUACGUCUGGAAGCUGCUACAGGCCUUCUAUGCGCAAUUCCCUCAAUACGAGAACCGAGACUUCGGAAUCUUCACGGAAUCAUAUGGUGGCCAUUACGGACCUGAAUUCGCCUACUACGUCCAGCAGCAGAAUGCCGCUAUUGACGCUGGAACCGUGACUGGCGAGAAGAUUCCUAUUGUUGCUCUUGGCAUCAAUAACGGCUGGUUUGACGCCGCCAUCCAGGAGAAGGCCUACAUCCAGUUCAGCUACAACAACACCUACAAGGCCUUGAUUACUAAGUCGCAAUACAACUCGUACAUGAGCACUUACACCUCUGAUUGUCUUCCCGCAAUCCAAAGCUGUGCGAGCUCUGGGAGCAAUUCCGCAUGCCAGAAUGCCGACAACACGUGCUACCAGGACAUCGAGGGACCUUUGUCGGAGGUGGGUGACUUCGACGUGUACGAUAUCCGCGAGCCUUCGGACGACCCGUACCCGCCAGCAACAUACCAGACGUACUUGACGACAUCCUCCGUGGUGAAGGCGAUCGGGGCUAAGUCCACUUACCAGGAGUGCCCUAGCGCGCCUUACAACAAGUUCUCCAGCACUGGCGACAAUCCUCGCUCAUUCCUGGCUACGCUAAGCAAAGUAGUGCAGACUGGGCUCCCUACCCUUAUCUGGGCUGGCGACGCUGAUUGGAUUUGCAACUGGUUCGGUGGUCUCGACGUCGCGAAUGCGAUAACCUACUCCGGCACGUCUACAUUUGCUAACAAGUCGCUUGAUCCGUACACGGUGGAGGGCACGGAAAAAGGCACCUUCAAGACCGUUAGCAAUCUCUCGUUCCUUCGCGUCUAUGGAGCUGGGCAUGAGGUUCCGUAUUAUCAGCCGGAAACCGCACUUCAGGUCUUCAUUCAGACGAUGCAGAAGAAGCCGAUAUCUUCCACUUAGUCAACGGCACAGCUUGCAUACCGGACGGAAUGAUGAUCGUAAAUACGAAAUUAAUGUAAAAUGAAAUACUCACUCCAUUCAAGAACACGUAUAAUUCACGGCGUUAGUGAUAUCACGAACAUGCAGCUCCAGAUCUGACACCGGCCCUGCCCAACAUGCCGUUGAAAGAGACUUUGGAUCCUCGAUAAGGAGUCGGCUGCCGACGGGCAGAGAUGGCAACAUGCCCAUGUCAGGCGAAUCGAUGGGCUACAAGAGCAUAAAACCUCCAAAAUAACGGUAGAAUGGCCACAGCGAAUGCUAUGGAGUUCACGAUAGGAACAAAGGGUUGACUAGUUGCCGAAAAUGAGGAGUUUUAACCAAUGAAAUGUUCUGCUAAUUUAGUAAAAUGCACAAGACGUCAAAGAAUCCGGUCCACCUAGAGGUGC